GGAGAAGUGGAUUUGAAGCCGUGUGAGGACGAUGAAAUGGAUGUCGUACGCGAAGCAGAAGGUAGCUACAAACUAACGAGUGCUAUUUUCGUGUGGUUUUUGAUACAUAGUUCCCAUGAAUUCCUAGUAGAAACAACAGCAGUCCUUGUCUCGUCAAAAUCAAAGGUACUACUCUACCCUCUGGGCGGUUGCUCCAGCACUUGGACGACGAGGACAUGGAGAUCGAGUUGGAUUUUUGGCAGGGAGCGGAAAUGGAUGGUUUGAGCACGCGCUUGCCGACGAAGUCCACUCAGAAGAGCGGCACGGGCAUAUUGAGAGGAAAAAUCCCCCCUCCCCAUAUCGAAAAGGUAUGUUUUCGAAAAUUUCUCUUGCUGAUUUGAGAGCACAAAUCACGUCUGUCUUGCAAGAAGACAAGUGCAGAGGCUUCCGCGUCAUUAUGGAAGCGAUUUGGCAUGCUCUUGGGCCUAGGGGUCAGCCGUUUGUAAUGCUAAGCAACUAGACCUAAGCGCCCCUUCCUUGACUGAGAAUCGGGCUGCGAUGCCGUAUUGCAAGACAGCGCGCAUUUGUGUACGGAAAUCCAGCAUCAGAAACUUCGUCUCGAUAUGGGGAGGGGGGAUGUUUCUUUCUGAUAGGGCAGCUCGAGCAGUCAACACCAAAAUAGAUCCACCCAGUCCGGGUCGAGCGGAGGGGAAGACGAUAAUAUGUCUGGUAUAAUAAUCCGACGUGGUGACAUCGAUGGUUUACUUGUGGUUUCAUGUUUGUUAUUUCAGGUAGUUGUGUUUCUGGUGGCUGUGGUUGAAAUUGCACUAAAAAUAUGUGCGCGACGAUGAAGUGAAUGAUAUAGAUUUUCGAUAUCAGGACAACAUUUUUGUCUACAAUACAGGUGGCGACGACGACGACAACGACCGCGACGGGGUUCACGAAAAGAAGAACAACAAUAGCCAGGACGACGGUGCUAGUACGAACGCCUCAGCAGCAUUUUCUUCCGCAUCAAAAGAGGAGAACAACAGUAAAAACGCCGAACAAGUAGAAAAACAGAAGCAAGGCCACCUCUCGUUAAGCGAGGCGAUGAUGCGGCGGAAUGUGGACGCGGUGUGGCGAGGGCUAAUGGAGACCAGCGGUAUCCGGCGCUUGCGUCGCGGCAGGAG